AUGGCGAUCCACGACACAAACUCCGACCGUUGGAUCCCAAGAAGCCUUCUGUUGCUACUCCUCUUGCUCCACUCCGUACCGUACGGUUCCGGUCAGACCACACCGCCCGGAACCCAAACGAAACCCAACGACCCAGUUGUAAUAGUGAUCACGGUCUUGUUCGUCGUCAUCUUCAUCAUGGUCUUCGGUUCGAUCUUCUGCCGCCGGAGCUCCGCGCCAUUUUACGCCGGGCCUUCCGUUUUCCGAUCCACAGACGCGGAUGCCGAAGCCGGCGUGGUCAGGAUCAGGAGAACAGCGGCGCGUGGGCUCGACGCGGAAGCUCUAGGAUCGUUCCCGACGUUUGUCUACUCGGAGGUGAAGGCGGUGAGGAUCGGGAAAGGAGGUGUCGAGUGUGCGGUUUGUCUCUGCGAAUUCGAGGACGAUGAAACGCUGCGUUUGAUGCCUCCUUGCAGCCACGUGUUUCACGCCGAUUGCGUCGACGUAUGGCUUUCCGAUCAUUCCACGUGUCCUCUCUGUAGAGCGGAUCUUGUCGUCAAAGAAGGUGGUGAGAGCUAUUCGAUUCCGGAUCCGGGUACGGUGUCGUCGGGUUCGGAUCCUGAAAGAGGGGUUUUGGAAUCUUCGGACCUGCAUUUGUUGGACGGCGUGACGUGGACCAAUAGUAACAUAACACCUCGGUCAAAGUCAACGGGAAUUUCCAGCUGGCAUAUCAGUGGAAUUUUGUUUCCUAGAUCUCACACGACCGGACAUUCGCUGGUUCAACCGGCAGGGGAUCUCGACCGGUUUACGCUGAGAUUGCCGGAAGAUGUACGGAGGCAGCUGAUGAAGGCGAGGACGACGGUGCUCGUGGCGUUGCCUCAGGCGAGGAGUUCACGGAGAGGUUACAGAAGCGGUAGCGUCGGGAGCGAGAGAGGACGGAGGAAUUAUAAUUUCAGUCGACGGCUGCAUUCGCUGUCUUUCUCCUUUUCUUUCCGGAGUGGCUCCGUGCGGUCUACUUUUAGCGGUGAUACGGUGGCCCCGCCGAAGAAUUUUCCGGCAACGAUUGAAUCUGGUGAACGUUCUUUCGAGAGGCUCCGACAAGAUGAUCGAGUGUAA